AUGACGAAAAAGUUGUCGUCCACUGAAAAAAAGAAACGCAAGGAAGAUCGCGCCGCGGCCAAGGCGGCCCAAAAGGCCCCCGCGGAAGAAAGCGAGUCUGAGCCACCGCCCACUCCUACACCCAAAGCGCGAGGCAAGGGCAAGGGCAAGGCCCAGGCUGGGCCUUCGACCGGAGUCCCGGCAGCAGUGAGUGACGCUGCGAAGAAGAGUAAAGGCAAGGGCAAAACGCAGGCGGCGGGGCCAUCCGCCGCAGAUGAUCCGAUACUUGGAGAUCUCACUGCGACAUCGGGGGAUGACACGGCAAACCCGCGGCCACCCGCCCCAGCGCGACAGGACGAGGCUGGGUCUAGCCGAGCGCCGAUCGCCAAGGCGAUGCGACCGAAACCCAGGCCGAAAAAGAAGGCGGCUGCCGCUCCUGCAGCCCCAGCGCAAGUGCCCGCUCAACCGGUACCGGACGAGGAACAGGGCUCUCCAAUGGACGCGCGGCCAACUACACCGCAGCCGACGCCGCAGCAGCUACUGCCGUCUUCCAGCAUCCCAUCGACUCCGUCGGCCCCCACGCCAGCGCCGGCUGCAAGAGCCGGGAAAAGAAAAGCAGAAGUCGUGUUAGCCGAGCCGAACAAGAAGACCAAGCUCGACCCGCCUGCGACGGUCAAGAAACAGAUGGGGAUCGUCGUUGCGAUGUACGGGGCUCUGGGACAACUGCUGCUCCGGUGCAGCACCCUUUUUGACGACUACGAAGAGGAGGACGGAUCGAUGGCGACGCCGGCAUUUGUCCUGGAGCUCAGGGAGAAGGGGGUGUAUCCACUUUGGGAUACGAACCCUCCUGUGGGCUCGGAGUUCACGCCGGAGGAACACGCGAACAUGCGUGCGGAGCUGAUCGGUGUGGAUCGGGACAUCAUCACUUGGGUUCACAAGACCGCCCGAGGGUUCGACUGGUCGCAAGCACCGGAGUUCGAACGCCUGAUGAUCAAGGCGUCGAAGGAAAACUGGGACUUGACGCAUUUGGCACGGUUUACGGAACUGGUGAAGAAAUCGGAAGUAGGUGAUCCUCUCGAACUAUUCAUGUCGGAUGCGUUUCAGAUGCAAGACGCGGCCAACGCCAGGGUUCCUCCUGGACAACACCACUACGGCCGGGUCAAGCAGGACAUCCUGAUUGACCUGUACCGCUCGUCGAUCAGCUCGAGCUGGAUGUCGGGGAACGCCGAGCUUUUGUUUUCAAUGCUCUUCGACCGUCAAACCGACGCGCUCAAGGCCCGAGCGAGUCGAGCAUUGAAGAAGGCGCACGAACGCUGGAAUGACUUCUUCGCGUUCUUUCCGAAGAAGCCGGCGGGUGAAGUCUUGGUGGGGGCGGACAUCGCGGCCGCGAAGUUGAGCAGUGCGGCAAAGGCCGCAGUGGCGUUCCUGAGAGGAAUGGGAAUGGUCCCCGUUGAAGACAGGGAUCGAUUCAAACUUCGCGAGAUCGACGUCACCACGAAGGCGCAACUGGCCCAACACCUGGCGGGUUUCCUGCCCGAAGUCAAGACAAAGAAGGUGUCCGAUGAGAACGCGAAAGCGGCUUGGGGUUGGAAGACGGAGGUGGCGGGGCGUACGCUGGGAUACUUGAGCGUAGUGGCUGAGUUCAAGGGUCACGAAUCAUUGGAACCGGCCGAAGAGAUGGCCCGCCUUGCAUAUCUGCGCGGAAGGGCCGGCGCGACCGCCUGGGGCGUUGACCCCGAAAUGGUCAGGAACCUGGACCCCGCUGUGUUUGACGAGAUUGCUGGUUCGAUCUGGGACGCCUCCCAAGAAGUCGCCGUCGACCAUAGCAACGCCGCAGCGACCACUUUGUUCUCUGGUGAACUGGACGCCACCGCCGCGCUGAUGGCGGGAUUUGACAACGGCGCCCACGCGAAGUUCCAGGACUGGAACGUGGACCAGUUGAUCGCGUACUGUGGCGGCUGGCCUUAUUUUCUCCGAAAGCACUGGGCGCGCGACCCCCGCCAAUAUCAGCUUGGCACGGGUGAUGUCGAAAUCCCUGGGAUAACCACAGUCCUCGUGCCUCACUGGCAUCAAGCGGUCAUGUGGGCCGGAUUCAGCCGGGUCUUGGCACAACCGGCGCCAGAGAAAACGGAGGCGGCGACGGAGGCGCAGAGUUCGAGUACCACCGCGCCUGACGCAGAUACGGGUGGUCGCAAACUGAGAUCCAUCAACGGCAAACAAUCUGUGCCCAUCGGGCCGUCCCUGGUCGUCGUACCGAACAGCUUGGUACAGCAGUGGGUUACUAGUUGCCAGUCGCACUUUAACGAGCAGGUGCGCGUGAUCGCGAUGCCCACGGCCCAGCGGAUGUGGAAAGACGCAAUGGCCAAGAUCCCCAAGGAGGGGAACACGACCGUUGUGGUGAUUAGCUACACGACUCUUCGCGGAAUGCAUGAUCUCAUUUCCCGCCCUUCACGGCUGCCGUUCCAGAACGGGGAGCCCCUGCGCUCGACAGUGUACUCGCGGUUCUGGACAACGGUUGUCUUGGACGAAUCGCACUCUGCCCGCAAGACCGGUAGGGUCUUUAGUGCCUGUCAGGCGCUGCUGCUGGUGGCGUUCAUCAAGCUGCUGAUGACGGGAACCCCCGUCAUCGAAAGCCCCAGGGACGUCUUCAAUCAACUACGGCUUCUCCGCCCAAGCACGGGGCCCCAACACAUCCUGGAUCGAUGCGAGCGCCUUUUGGCCGGGUCGGCGCGUCUCCAAGCCCGCGAACGCCUCAAAAACCAACAGAGCCGACUUGAAUUGCAACAGUCAGCGUUGACCGCAGGCGUCGAAGGCCUGAAGCACAACGCGGACAUGGGCGCGAGCAUGGCGGCCCUCAAGCACGUCAUGUCCCUUCAGCGAAACCUGUUGGGCAAUCACGUCCUCGUGCGAGACAUGGCAUCCCUGCGCACAAUCAAGAAAACCGUGGGUGUCGGACUGCCAGAGCUGGAGCAGCUCACCAUUGUCACUCCCUCGCAUGCUGACGAGAUCGAGUGGGGCGACAAAGUGCUCAUUCAACAAGGGACCGCCGCCGUAGCGCUGAAAGGGGCCGGGGAAGGGAAGCAGUCGUUUUACCUCGAAGCUCGGAAAGUGACUUCGUUUGCCGAGGCCGCGGUGGGGAGAGUGGUGGAGACGUCCGGUGUCAACGCGUUCUGGAACAAGGACGACGCCCGCUUCUCUAAGGUCACGGCCAUUGCGUUGCUCCUGGAACGAAUCCUGGAUUCCGGUGCCCAGUCCGUCGUGGGCACUCUGGCUCUCAAGCGCGACGUUGUACGCAUGCAGGAAUUAGGAUUCCCACCCGCCGAUCACCCUCAAGCCGCCCAAUUCCUCGGCACUCUGAGUCAGGCGCAGCGCUCGAAACCGGUCACCGAAAAGGUGAUCAUCUUCACGUAUUUCGCCAUGUACAUGGAGUACGUGCAGGCUUUCCUCGAGCACGUCGGGUUCCGAGUCCUGGCUAUCAACGGCUCGGUCACCAAGACGGUCAAAGCCAGACAAGCCGUGAUUGACCGUUUUCGGGAUGGGGACUAUCACGUUCUCCUGGCGACCUACAACGUCGCCAGCGUAGGACUGGAGCUUCAGAUGGCGAACGUCAUCAUCGCUGCCGACGUGGACUGGAGCGCGAUCUCGCAGGCGCAGACGCUCGGCCGGGUCUAUCGGCAAGGUCAGGAGAAGAAGUGCUUUUUUUUCCAGUUGGUCGCCGAGCACACCAUCGACUUCGUUCUGGCCGCCAUCUCCCUGCGCAAGUCUUCGCUCUUGCACGACUUCACCACCCCCGAGCGCACCGCGGCUUGGGAGAAACUGCACCUGGCCUUGGAAAGUCAGCAGCAAGACGAGCACAACGAGGAGACCGCUCCCAACGGACCAGUGUGGCAGGCGCUGACGCAAGACCUGGAAGCCGCCCGCACGUUCCUGGGGCGACACAAGAUCAACGUCUCCUUCGACGGCAAACGAGCGUCUCGGGCGCCCCCGAAGAGCAACGAGAUGGUCGUCGACGGAGAAGAUACCCCGACGGUUCUGACCGCACCCGUCUAUUCGUCGACCAGCUGGGCCAUCCUGGCACCCCCGAAUGACCCCGCGCCUUCCACGACCGACCCCGAUGUGGAGGAUCUCGCGGGCAUGUUGCUGGAUGUUGAAUGA